AUGGCGUACCAGCAACCUGACCAGAACUUUUUGUGGCAAGUAUUUCAAAGUGUGGACAGAGACAGAAGUGGAACAAUAACAGCAGUAGAACUAGGCCAGGCCCUAUCAAAUGGCACAUGGACACCAUUCAACCCAGAAACAGUGAGGCUCAUGAUAGGAAUGUUUGACCGCAACAACAAUGGUACUAUAGACUUUCAAGAAUUUGCUGGCCUCUGGAAGUACGUGACAGACUGGCAGCAGUGCUUCAAGGGAUUCGAUCGAGACAACUCUGGCUCCAUAGAUCAAGCAGAACUCAAACAAGCUCUCACAACUUUUGGGUACAGGUUUUCAGAUCAGUUCAUCUCCCUGCUAGUAAGAAAGUUUGACAGGCAAGGAAGAAACACAAUUGCAUUUGAUGAUUUCAUCCAGUGCUGCGUUGUCCUUCAGACCCUUACCUCAUCAUUCCGCCAGUUUGACACGGACAUGGAUGGCUGGAUCACCAUUGGAUACGAACAAUUUCUUAAUCUCGUGUUCAGUUUAAAAGCUUGAUUCAUUGAUAUUUUUUUAAACAAUAUAUUUCUUCAUAUAUGUAAAGAUUUUUUAUAAUUUAAAAACGCCGAUUUGCAUACGUAUGUGAGAGAUUAUACAUGUUUCGUUUGAAGUGCUCGAUCUAAACGUCAACCUGCUUAUAAACUUCGUGUCUGCCAGUUGCACCAGUGUUUGCCUGCGUUUACAAACCAGUGAACAUGGCACACCUUGAUUUUAUUUUUAAUUUCAUAAAUCAACUGUAUGCAAAUAAAGUGUGUGUGUUUCAUAUUUUUAUUUACGUUGAUUGAACUUUUUUUCAAUAUUUAAUAAACUUUCUAGAACUUUGUAUCUCAAAAAUAUCGAUCGAGAAAUAAUACUAGCCGAUAUUAAAACCCUUUUAAAUCGUUUAUAAGAAAAAAAUUAAUCUUUUUUCACGCAAUUGAACGUUUGAUGAGUACACUUGCUCAAGAUAACGUAAGCCUCAAUAAUGCAAAAAAGAGGAAUUACUAUCCAUAACAAAUUCAUAAAAAAGAAAUAAAACCAAAAAUAAACGGGGUGGUUGUAUGGUCCGUGCUUAAAAUCAUCCUUGUACUCCGUCAGGAAAUACAACGUAUCUCCGUAGAGUUGGCACAAGCUCAGAAUCAACUGGACUAUGUAUCCAGACGAUUCGUUCCUUAGAAAGAGGUACGCGGCAUAAAAGGCAAGGGGUCCGUCGACGAACGCCGUCACGCCCUCCAUGCAAACGAUGAAGCUAUCACCAGUGAUGUACCUGCUGUCCGAGAGGCUGUAUUCUUUCCACAUCUGACCAAAAAACGAUUCGUCGGAAGCUAUCGUUCGAAAUUUCAAGAAAUAAUAUCCCUCCAAGAACAGGUGUAUGAAACCGCACAGGCAAAACCAACAUAUUUUUAUUCUUGUUAUGAAAGAAUUGCUGAGGUAAUCCAGCUGACUUGAGUAUUUAAAUAAUAAAACGAGAACGAUCGAGAUCACUCCAAAAAAUGUUGAUAGGAGGCCGACAUUUGAAAUGCUGUUUUUAACGUAUCCAGCUAUGAUAACAUCUCGAGGAAAAUAUGUGUGCUCUUCACCAACGCUAUCCAUAACUGAUUAAACAUAACAAAAUUUUAGAAUCAGUUAUAUACAAAAAAAUUUCGACGUACGGUGGGCGCGA